UUUACCGGAUCUUCGUCACUGCCAUCGUAACAACAGCAUAUUAUAUCGAAAUGGCAUCUCCCACCCACGUAGCUCAAGGUUAGGUUUCUGAGUCCACCAGGUCGAUCGAACGCAACCAGAUCAAACCAUGUCCGCCGCCGGCGUUGUCCGUUUAUCGCGGUCGGCCACCAGCGUCGUCGCCAAAGCGGCGAGCGGGUUCCACCUGCUGCGCAUCGACGGCUACUCGCAGGCCAAGACGGUCCUCCCCGGCGAGAAGAUCUCCUCCACGGGCUUCACCGUCGGCAGCGAGUCCUGGCGCAUGGACUACUACCCCAACGGCCGAGACGCCGCCGCGAGAUCCAACCACGCCUCUGUCUACAUCCAGCUCACCGACGACCGCACCCGGCGCCCCGUCCAGGCGCGGUACAAGUUCAGCCUGCUGGACCACGCCGGCAACACCGCGUACGAGCUCCCGGCCGAGACCGGCUCCUUCACCGGCAUCCCCGAACCCGAAGUCGACGACCAUUACUACCACCCUUUUUACUCCCCCCGCCCGCGCAUGCGCGCCUUCAGGAGCCCUGCCGCUGCCGGCGACGAAGAAGGCCCGGGAUGCGGCCACGAGCAGUUCAUCGGGAGGGAAGAGCUGGAGCAUCUGAUCCGCGACGACUUCCUCGUGGUCCGGUGCGACGUCGGCCUUACGGAGAUGACGUGCUCGCGUCUGGCAGCGGACGAGAUCGACAACUGGGAAGAUGAUGAUGAAGGUGGUGAGGCGGAGGAGGGAUCAAGGAUUCGUCCGCGGCCGGCAGCGGGUGGGUCUUCGUCUACCUGCAGAUCCGGGCUAGCCGCGCCAACGACAACGACUACACUGUCAUGGCGCGAUUCAGGAUCUGCUUACUCGGCCAAGACAGGCGAGAGGUGCCAUCCUACGGCAGACAGUCGGGCCAGAUCCGCGCCUUUGCUCCCGGGGACGAACGGGGAUACCGCCGCUUCAUCGAGGCUUGCGCCUUGCACGGCUACCUGGGAGACCAGGAUCGAUUCAGAGUCAGAGUCAGGUGCAAUUAAUAUCCUCCUCUACGGCAUUUGCGCCGAACCCGCUCUCGCCCAGCGGCCCGUCAUCGUAGCACCGUCCGACCUGCACCGGCAGCUCCUUGCCCUAUUGAGGAGCGGACGGAGAGGGGACGUGGCGUUCUCGGUGGGCGGCGAGCUGUUCGCGGCGCACAAGUACAUGCUCGCCGCUCGGUCCCCCGUGUUCAUGGCGGAGCUCUUCGGCCCAAUGCAAGCGAAGAACAGUCCUGUAGUGCGGGUAGACGACAUGGAGCCGAGUGUCUUCGAGGCCAUGCUCGAGUUCAUCUACAGCGACUCGCUGCCGGAGAUCGACGUCGGCGAGACGCUGGAGAUGGCCCAACACCUCCUCGUGGCGGCCGAUAGGUAUGAUCUGCAAAGUUUGAAGUCGAUCUGCAAGGACAUGUUGUGUGGCAACAUUGACACGCGCACGACAGCAACCGCCCUAACACUGGCCGAGCAGCAUGGUUGUGGCGGGCUGAAGGACGCAUGCAUAUUGUACCUCUCGGCACGGGCACCUGGAGGCCGUCAUGGUGAGCGACGGCUUUCCACACCUGACAGAGAGCUGCCCCGCCCUCCACAUGGACAUCGUCGACCAGACCAAGUCCGUGUCUCACGUUCUCAAGAUUAUCGGCUACUCUAA